AGCUUGCAACGCAUCUCUAACUCAACUCACGCGUCUCUAGCUCCAGCACAAUAAAAUCUUAAUACGAAAUUGUAUUAGAUUUUUUUUAAAAAAGAUUGGCACAAUUAAUCCUUCCAAAAUUAGUAAAUUUUAUGAUUUUUAACCCUUUAUUUAGUAGGGAGAAUAAGUUGCAUUACAAGGUGUAAAGCUCCCAACGUAUCCACCACUCGCAACAGAGAAUCAAGCAUUUCGAUCAUUGACGAAUCAACGAUUGUUUCUUCGCUUCUGUUAUUCUGCGAUCCUUACUAAGAACGCGGUUUCGAAGAUGGAGAAGGUGAUGGGAAUUUUGAAGCCGAAAACGAACCCACAACAGCAAUUAAGAGAUUGGCAGCGUCGUCUGCGCCAAGAGUGUCGUUCCAUCGAUCGCCAAAUUCGAGAUAUACAGAGAGAGGAGAAAAAUGUGCAGAAAGCAAUUAGAGAAGCUGCUAAGAGGAACGACAUGGUCUCCGCCAAGGCACUGGCCAAAGAAAUUGUGAGAUCUAGAAAAACUGUGAACCGUCUUCAUGAAAAUAAGGCACAAUUGAACUCAAUAUCAAUGCACCUUGGGGAAAGUGUUGCAAUUGCCCGUACAGUUGGGCAUUUGUCAAAGAGUGCGGAGGUCAUGAAACUUGUAAAUAAUCUCAUGAAGGCCCCAGAGAUGGCUAUCACAAUGCAAGAAUUCAGCAAAGAGAUGACCAAGGCAGGGGUGAUUGAAGAGAUUGUGAGUGAUGCUGUUGAUACGGCACUGGAUUCAGAAGAUAUAGAAGACGAGAUUGAAGAGGAAGUUGAUAAGGUAUUGACAGCCAUAGCUGGUGAGACGGCUGCAGAGCUUCCAGAAGCCGUCAGAAAGGAAAGAGUAAAACAACCCGCCCAGACAGCGGAAGGUGCCCAGGAGGAGGAAGACGAUGAGGAGGAACUUGAAGAAAUUAGGGCCCGACUUGCCAAGGUCAGGUCGUAACUUCAGUCUGCACUCCCAACCUCUUCCCUUGACAUCAAGGGGAAAGCAGGCGCAUUGUGGCAUGCAUUCAAGCAGCUGAUGAAGCAAAACCUAAUUUCCUCUCUUAAAUAAAGAGGAGAAAGAACGCAUAUGUAUUAUAUUGAAAUCUGCAUUUCCCACAAGUGAUGUUAUUAGUGCAAAAGCUGGUUGCAUGCGCCAUGGUUUGUGUUAUAUUGAACUCAGCAUUGUCUGUAAAUUCUGACGUUAUUUGUGUAAUAUUUGUUUGCAGGCCAUAGUUUGUGGUGCUAAUCCUCA